UUUAAAGGCGAGGAAGUUGAAAGGUAAAUAAGUGGAAGGUGAGGAAAUUGAGAGGUGAAAAGUGUGGAUUGUGGUACAUAUUUUGUCUGGCGGGAAGUGACCUGCAAAGCAAAGUCUAUCCGCUCGAGAUCUUGGCUACACAUUAUUCAUUGACGGAUAAUCAGAUUUUGAAAUUACAAUCAGCAGACGAAGAAAAUGUCUGCUGUCUCCAUCUCCUCUUCUUGCUCUCAUCAGCUGCAUCACUCUUCCAAAGAACUCAUCACUUCACAUUCUUUAGCCUCAAUUCAUUUUCCGCGAAAAGGGCAAAACACCAGUACUAAUUUCGACAUUAAUAAUGAAUGCAGUGCAAAGUCAUCUGUGAAAGCAGCUCCUCAACGUUUGAAGUGGAGGACUAGAGUUUCUUUCUUUCCAUCGUUCUCGAUCAAAGACGGAGACAUUGAGACCCUAAAGCAGGAGCUUCUCGAGGCUAUUGCCGCUCUUGAUCGCGGUGCUGAGGCCACCGCUGAAGACCAAGAGCGUGUAGAUCAGAUUGCUCGUAAACUGGAAGCAGUCAAUAAAGUAAAGGAGCCACUCAAGUCCAGCUUGUUAAAUGGUAAAUGGGAGCUUCUCUACACAACUUCCAAGUCAGUUCUGCAACCUCAGAGGCCUAAACUUUUACGCCCUAAUGGGAAAAUGUAUCAAGCGAUUAAUGUGGACACAUUGAGGGCUCAGAAUAUGGAAACUUGGCCAUUCUUCAACCAGGCCACAGCCAAUUUAGUUCCCCUCAAUACAAGAAGGGUGGCAGUUAAAUUUGACUCCUUCAAGAUUGCUGGUGUGAUACCUAUAAUGGAACGUGGCAGUGGUCGUGGAGAGUUGGAAAUUACAUACCUUGAUGAAGAGUUACGGAUAUCCAGGGGCAACCAAGGUAACCUGUUUAUUUUAAGAAUGGUCGAUCCGUCCUACAGAGUCCCUCUAUAACGCUUACUGUAACAGUAUUACAGGGAAAAGCAUAGUCUUUUGUACCUUUUUUUUUUAUUCUGG